AUGGCAGAAUACGAAUUUGAUUCACCUUAUUGGGAUAAUAUAUCGGAUUCUGCUAAAGAUUUUAUACGACAUUUGAUGGAGAAAGACCCAAAGAAAAGGUUUAGUUGUACCCAAGCUUUGCAACAUCCGUGGAUCGCGAGCAAUACGGCACUGGAUCGCGAUCUCUAUCCAUUUGUCAGUGAACAGAUCAGAAAGAAUUUCCUAGCCGUUCAACGCUGGAAGAAAGCCUACAAUGCAACUGCCGUUCUGCAUAUGUUUCGGCGAUUACAAUUGAAUAAAACCCAAACGCGUGUCAAACGACGGAGUGAAUCCACAUCCGAAUUACAGUCCACAUCGUCGGACGGGUUCAGUCGGGACAGAUGCAGUGCGCGGAAGGACGUGGACAAAUCACUUUUGCGUGAUGAAUCCGGUGCUCGUCAUGGCCAGAACCAUACACACAGUAACACCCGUCAAAACGACUCGGGUACAGCAAACUCACGUCACUCCGAACCAGUUCUACGUGCUUUAUCCAAAUGA